AUUCAUACACGCGCAGGACUCUAAAUUACCAGCACACAUUCUAAAACUAAACAGCACUUUAUUUGCUUGGUUUCAAAUUUUAGAACUAAUGGCUUUUUGUUUUAAGAAGCCAACUUGGUACGAAACGUAGUCUUGAUUUAUUAAACCACAUUCCAAUGACCAAUUGGUAAUAACGUGUUCACACAAAUCUGGUCAAGAUUUAUAAAACACAUUAACCAAUCUGUUUAUAAUUUACUAUCCUCGAAAAAGGCGCUAAAUCGUUUUUGAUUCUGUGAUUAAAAUUACUCCCAAACUUAGUCCUUAAAGUACAUUCAACUGCAUCAGAAAGUGAAAAAAAAACAAUCCAGUUUGGGAAAAAUUAUUGAGUGGAAAUAAAACAUUUGGUUUCGGAUAUGCCACACCCUCACACAGUUAAGUCAGAGGAGGAGCUGAGUGACCUAUUCGAUGAGGUCAAACAUGAGACUCUAGUUUUGGUAUUCACCAACGGAUCAAUCAAGGAGCUGCAGUUUCUGCUGGAGGUGGACGAGACCUUCGGACAGGCGGGCGAAAAUGUCAUCAUCAGAUUCAUCAGCAUAUCAACCAUGCCUAGUCUGCAGGAGACGUACAGUAUAGAGGCCACCCCAACCUUCACCUUCUGGAGGAUGUUCUCGGGGGAGUUGGGGGAGAUGAGGGGGGAUCGGAUGGUGGGCACGGACACUGCACUGCUGCACCAGACACUCAAACGGCUGCUCUAGUCCCCUAGUCACGUGAAAACAUAGCACAUAUUACAAAAAUAGAGAAGACAGGAAGGAACAUGAAAAAAAACUUAUUGUCUAACGGAUAAACCGAGAUGUUAAUUUGCCUUCUUUGCUGAAAAACAAUAUCAAACCAUAUUUUAAAAAGACACCCAUUUAAAAAAAAGUAGUACGACUUGUAGAACCUUAUUUGUAAUUUCAAUUACUAACCUACCUCUGUUUGUAGUAAACAUACUUUUAAAGCUUUAAUUAUGUUGCCAUGAACUGAUCCACACAGUUAAUUUUUUGAGUUGA